UUCAAAAUCAAGAUGGCUGCCCCCAGUGCUGUGCUUUCGAUGUCCAAAAUCAUUAAACCUUUUUUGGGUGGACACCUUGGAAAUACUGUGAAAGUAUUUGGAACAACUCUGACAAGUCACAGGAAUAAGACCUUGCUAACUGGAGAAAACAUUCCCCCUCCUGCAAAGUAUGGAGGCAGACACACUGUGACCCUCAUACCUGGAGAUGGGAUCGGGCCAGAGCUGCUCAGUCAUGUCAGAGAGGUUUUCAGGUUCAGCUGUGUUCCAGUGGACUUCGAAGUGGUGCAUGUCAACUCUGCUGUGGAGACUGAAGAUGAUAUCAAUAAUGCCAUCACUGCCAUCCGCCGUAAUGGAGUUGCCCUCAAAGGCAACAUAGAAACCAAACAUACCAUGGCGCCAUCUGUUAAAUCCAGAAAUAAUCUCCUUCGCACAAGCUUAGACCUGUAUGCCAAUGUGAUGCACUGCCAGUCCCUCCCAGGAGUCCAGACUCGCCACAAGAACAUUGACAUCAUGAUCAUCAGGGAGAACACAGAGGGAGAGUACAGCAGUCUGGAGCACGAGAGUGUAGCAGGAGUCGUGGAGAGUCUCAAGAUCAUCACCAGGAACAAUUCCCUCAGGAUCGCUGACUACGCCUUCCGACUGGCCAGGGAGAAAGGCCGUUGUAGGGUCACUGCCGUACACAAGGCCAACAUCAUGAAGCUCGGCGAUGGCUUGUUCCUGCAGUGUUGCAGAGAAGUGGCCUCUGGCUACCCAGACAUCACAUUUGACAGCAUGAUUGUGGACAACACCACCAUGCAGUUGGUGUCAAAGCCCCAGCAGUUCGAUGUGAUGGUGAUGCCCAAUCUAUAUGGGAAUGUGGUGAGCAAUGUGUGUGCAGGCCUGGUGGGAGGGCCUGGCCUUGUUCCCGGGGCUAAUUAUGGCCGUGUUUAUGCUGUCUUUGAAACGGCCACAAGGAACACAGGGAAGAGUAUUGCGGACAGGAAUAUUGCUAACCCCACUGCCAUGCUGCUAGCCAGCUGCAUGAUGCUGGACCACCUGAAGCUUUAUGACUACGCAAACUUGAUCCGAAAUGCAGUCCUCACCACCAUGAAUGAAACCAGGUUGCACACAGCUGAUAUCGGGGGUCAGGGCACCACGUCAGAGGUGGUCCAGUCCAUCAUGAGGAUCAUCCAGAGUAAAGGGCAGCUCACAGCUGAGCUCUGAACAUGCACACUCAUCAGAGGUGUGAGUUUGGACAGGUGUCUUUAUCUGGGAUGGGUGUACAGUAAGAAAGAGCAUGUUCAUGCAUAUGUGUUUCCAUAGCGUUGGGUCUGGUCACUGACAUCAGAAUUGUUCCUUUUUUUUUGUCUCGCUCACACGGCUUAUUGACCAGUUCACUGUACACGACCUUUUAUCCACACCUGUGUGUUUCACAUGUAAUAAUGACCUUUCCCAGGCUGAAUUUGAAACAGUUUGCUUUUUUCAUUCCAAUCUCACUCCUAUUCGAUGAUAAAUCGUGCUGUGAAAGGAUAGGUUGAGUCCAUCAGGUUCAUGCAGUUAAAAAUCUGUGUUCUUACAAAUUGUUAUGAAACAUAAAAAGGUCUCUUUUGCAGUAUCACCAAACAUGUGUUCUGGUCAGAAGUAUCCUAAUACAUACAUGCACUGUCCACUCUGCAUUCUUCAUUGUGGAUCUUUAUUUAUUUUCUAAAUGAUGACUAUGUUACAGCCUUUUCAAUCAACCAAAAUGUGCAAUGUGCAUUUAACAGCUUCACUUUUUUUGUCAUUCUGUAACUAAAAUAUCAAGUUAUCUGUUAUUUACUGUAUUGUCCUGUGUGUUCACAUCAGAUCAACUGUACUAUAACAAAUAGUGUGAUGUAGCCAUUUCAUAUAUACUGUAUCAUCAGAGGAGGUGUACAUCAAGUAACUGCUGUCAAGGCUGAGCUGCUUGUGCCAUAACAUAACUUUUCGCCAAAGUUUGGAUCAAAUCCUGAAAAAAUACUGUUGUCUUAAAGUCUCACAAGGCAAGAGAUAAAGGUUAUGAAAAUACUGUUUUUAUUAUAGCUGUGGAUGGGUAUAUAUACUGUAUAACACAAAUAUUAUCAAUAAAGAAAUAAUCUACCUUA